AUGGCAAGCCGCGACUACGGUCGACCAUCGACCGAUGACCAUCCCGAAGACCGUCCCCUCCUCCCCAACCAAACCACCGAAUCCGGCAGCACCACCAACCAAUCUCUCUUCGCUCGCAUCAAACGUCAUCUCUCCACCACCUUCGCCCCCCUCGCUAAACCGGAAGAUCUUCGUCCCUUGGAGCGCUUCCUCGUCAUUCUCUCGGUUGCACUCCUCCUCUUAGCUGCCAUUUUCAUCGGUCUCUUCGCCGGGUCGCAGUACAAGCUCGCCCAUCGACCCGCCUCCCCCGCACCUGUUCCUGGGCCUGGAAACCCUAACCCGGACCCGCCCGAGGGAGACAUUUGCACCUCAAAGGAUUGCGUUCUUGCCGCAAGCGAACUCCUCAGGUCGAUCGAUGAGACGGUAAACCCCUGUGAUGACUUCUAUGCGUUCGCGACGAAUAACUGGCUGAAGGCUCAUCCAAUUCCUGCUGAUGCUGGACUGUUUGGGACCGGUCAAUAUGUGUUAGCUGAGAAUGCCAAGAUUAUUCGUCAGAUUAUUGAUGAUGCUCCCUCCGCCCAAGCACUGGAGCUUGAGGCGAGCAAGGGUAACAGUCUGACAGAUGGGCAGGCGGAAGCAGACAAGCGCAACUUGGCUAAACUCAAGGGCUACUACGAGUCGUGUAUUGAUACCAAGGCUCAAGAUAAGCUCGGUAGUAAGCCGUUGCUUGAUGUCCUUGAUCAUCUUCGUACCCUUUUCGAGGCUCACGACGCCAAAGACCUCAAUACCGACUUCGAAGUCAGCGAUGAAAGGGUUGAAGUGUCUCGCUUCCACGUGCAGCCGGACGAGACCGAAAAGCCAGUCCCACCUAACCAACCUCCUGGACGAUCCCCCAAGCCUCACCCUCCUCGUGAAAGCCCCCGUCCUGCCCCGCCUUCAGGUAAAAGGCAGAAAGGUCUCACCGAAGCACUCGCUUGGGCACACAGCCGUGGUCUUCCUGCCUUCUUCGAGCUUAAUAUUGACGGUGAUGCAGUGAAAGACCCUACUGCUGCUACUCCUUGGUUCUUCCCCUCCGGCCUUGGGUUGCCUGAUCAGGCGUACUACGAGGACAAAGAUGAAAUCGAGUUCUACAAGAAGGUCGUGUCUCAAGGUCUGCGUACUUAUGAUGAAGAGGCGAAACACAAAUCCGACGAGCAUGUUAGCAAGAAGAAGGAAACCAAGAAGGGAAAGAAGGAUAAGAAAAACAAGAAAGGCAAAAAGUCUCGUCCUGCACUCGCUCCUUUCGCUGAUCAGGUGGUCGAGUUCGAACGCUUGCUUGCGGAUAUCACCCCUGAUUCGGAGGAGAUCUAUGAUCCGGUUGCAAGUUAUAACCCGGUGAACUCUACGACGUUGCCUUAUAUUUUCGCUUCGAUUAGCUGGUCAGCGUAUUACUCUGCUCUAACGGUGCGUACUCCCAAGCGAGUGAUUUUGGCCAGUCCCAGAUUCGUCACUUCGUUGGAUGCGCUUAUUUCGCGAACAAAGACGGAGGUGCUGGAGGCGUAUAUUGUCUGGACGGCGAUUAGGGAGCUCGGCACUGCGCUGGGGCCUAGCGUCAAGCUGCGAGCUGCAGCUGAACGUUUGGAGAGGUACACGAAAGGAGUUGAUCCAGACGCAAAAGAGGAUAGGGAAACGGUUUGUCUAGGUGAUCUCAACGCAGCGCUUGGGUUUAUGGCUGGUCGGUACUUCGUCCGAGAAGCUUUCCAGGGGGAGAGUAAGAAGAGGGUUGAAGAGAUUAUCUAUUCCGUCAUUGCCGCUUUUAAGUCUCGUUUGCCCGAACUCGACUGGUUGGACGAGAAAACGCGCAAGAAGGCUCAAGAGAAAGCAGACGCAAUUAGGGUCAUGGUUGGCUACCCCACCAGUCCGAAUACUACGGAUGCUGUUUCUGUCGCUAACUUCUAUGCGGAUCUGCCGGUGGAUGGGAAGAAUUACUUUGCGAAUCGUCUAGCGUCGGCUACUCGGAUGGCCAAGAGAGAUUGGGCUCAGGUAGGGAGCAAGUUGAAUAGCGAGGCAUGGGAUAUGUUCCCUGCUGAAGUCAAUGCUGAGUAUAGUCCGCAGGGGAACUACAUUUUGUUCCCAGCGGGCAUUAUGCAGCCUCCUUACUUCCAUGUUUCUUGGCCGAGUUAUUUGCAGAGAGGUGCAUUUGGAGCGGUUGCUGGGCAUGAGCUUUCGCAUGCUUUCGAUCCUGAUGGAAGACUCUACGACAAGGAUGGCUACCUUCGAGACUGGUGGACCGAGGCUACGGCACACGAAUUCCAGCAGAGACAGACUUGCUUGGCUAACCAGUACCAUUCCUAUACUGUGUCGGAUGGGAAGGGAGGGGUGCUGCAUCUACGAUCUAAUUUUACGAAGGGUGAGGAUGUUGCCGAUGCGGGUGGAUUAGCGCAAAGUUACAGAGCGUGGAAAGAUGAGCUAAAGCAGGGAGGGGAGGUGGUGGAGGCUGCGAAUGCGUUGUUGCCUGGAUUGGGGUAUACGAGGGAGCAGAUGUUCUUUAUUGCGUACGGUGUUAGUUGGGCUAGGAAUACUAGGACUAGUGAACAGGUGAAGAGGAUUAGAACUGAUCCUCAUAGCCCGACGAAAUAUAGGGUAAAUGGGGUACUGGUGAAUAUGCCCGAGUUUGGGGAUGCGUUUGGGUGUAAGGCGGGCAAAGAUAAGAUGGCGAAGAGGAAGGAGGAUAGGUGUAGCAUGUGGUGA